CUUUUAUGUGGGUUUUGAGUUUUCAUUGGGCUAGAAAAUGUGCCUUGAUCUGGCAACCCUGGGCGCAUGCUAUCCUCGAUUUAUCUCAGGGCAGAACAGUGGCGCUAGCUAUAUCGUUUCAAGCUCUACUCCUCCGGUGCAGAUGGUAGCAGCCUAAACGAUGGAUGGGGAACACCAGGAAGAUAAUCCUUUACACGAGAAAGGAAAUCCUCUACACAAUGAAGAGAAGACUUCAAGUGAUGUGGAGAAGACUUUAUAUGACAUGGAGAGAGCUUUAUGUGACAUAAAAAAUAGUGCUGAAGAGAGCAGUUCAAGUGAUGAUAACAGUUCAGGUGAUGAGGUAGAAGAACAAAGACUGGAUUCAAACCUCCCAAGUGGUUCAGAUCCUCUUCCAUCUAAUGCAGAAAGCCCCUGCGAUAAUAGUGAAUCUGAGCCGUCCCCCCAAAAAGCAGCACAAGCUAAAAAAACUCGCCUCAAGAAGUUUGCGCCACGGAAAGGCACAAGGUCAAGCCUACGUUCCAGCACAAAAUUGACAGUCAGUGCAUGUGAUACGACAGAUGGUAAAAGAAAAUUGGACAAAAAGCACUUCUGCCUUUAUUGCAAUGAACCACACCACAACAUUGCAAGACAUUUAGAAAGGAUGCAUGCAGAAGAAGCAGCUGUUGGUCAUGCUAUCAGCUUCCCAAAACUCUCCAAAAUCAGGUCUCUGUUGCUUGACCAACUCCGUAACAAAGGCAACUAUCAACACAACUUUGAAGUUCUUCAAAGUGGAGAUGGGGAAAUUGUGAGAAAGUGUAGACCAUCUAACGAUGGCGUUUCUGUGCGUGACUGCCUGCCCUGCCAACACUGCUUAGCUUUUUUCUCCAAAAUUGAUUUAUGGAAGCAUGAGAGCUCAUGUAAUGCCAGAAAAGGACAAGAUGAAACGACAGGAGGAAAAAGAGUGAGGGUCCAGGCUGCGUCCUCUCAACUUGCUCCAUUGUCUGUCUAUUCUACUGGAGGAUGUGAAGAAAUAAUACACAAUAUGAAUCAAGAUGACAUCUCAUGCCACAUCAAAAAUGAUCCCCUCAUAUGUAAAUAUGGCAAUGCACUAUCUGGAAAGCAUGGUCAUGCCAAGUCACAGUUUACUUACAUUGGUUCAAAAAUGAGGGAAUUGGCUAGAUUUGUACUUGCUGUAAAUGAGAUGGACUGUGGUGUUCAAUAUCUGCAUGAAGUAUGUGUACCAUCCAAAUUCAAAUUGGCCGUUCAUGCUGCCAGGAAAAUGAGUGGUCAUGACCCUGCCUCCGACAGGUACAAGACCCCAUCUCUUGCUUUAAAGAUAGGCUAUUCCUUGAAAAGAGCUACCGAAAUAGCUUUUGGGGAGAGUCGUAUGACAGAGGACCGUGAGGCAGAGGAACAAGCCAAAAGGUUCAUUGAACUUCUUGAAAACGAUUGGAAUAACUCUUUUUCCGGUCUAUCCCUCAGCGCUGUCCCUCAGUGUGAUGAAGUUGAUGUGUCUUCACUAACUGAGGAUUUGAUCAAACUUCAGAAGUUUCUCAAGGUUGCAGAGGACACAGCGAAGAAAGAAUUGCUGGAGAACCCCACCAACACUGUCUGGAAAAAGCUCAAUGAAACUCUUCUUGCAGAAAUAGCUCUCUUCAACAGAAAAAGGACAGGGGAGGUUGCAAAAAUGCUGUUGGAAACGUACACAAACAGGAAGAAAGCUCCAGCUAGUGCAGACAUUUUCAAUAACCUCUCAAGGCUGGAGCAGGAGCUUGGAGACAACAAAUUAACCAGGUUGGAAAUAGAAGGCAAAAAUGGUAGGAAAAUGCCAGUCCUACUAACGGAGAGGAUGAUCUCAUCUCUUGAGAUCCUUAUUGCAAACAGAGACAAAGUUGGUGUGUCAAAGGACAACCCUUAUGUCUUUGCACGUAGCCUGGAUGCAGCAACCUACAUCAGAGGGUUUGACUGUCUGAGGAAGUGUGCACAUGAGUGUGAUGCAAAGAAUCCUGAAAGUCUGAUCCAUGCGACAAUGAGGAAAGAGGUUGCUAUCCAUUGCCAACUACUAAACUUGAAUGAAAGUGAAUUGGAUCAGGUGGCAAAGUUAUUGGGACAUGACACCCAGGUCCAUAAAGAGUACUACAGGCUCUCUGAAAAUGCAGCACAUCUAGCAGAAAUCAGCAAACUGCUGCUUGCAAUGGAUCAGGUUCCAGUGGUAAUUCCAGGGCCAUCUGAGGAAAGGGUUGUUUAUCCUACAUAUGGGACAUCUUCUGCAGGGACAUACCCAGCUGGGACAGAUACUGGAAGGACAUAUCCUACCGAGACAUGUCCUACUGGGUCAUCAUAUCCUACAGAGACAUAUUCAGCGAAGUCAUAUACUGUGGAGGCACAGCCUUCAAGGUCAUAUCAUGCUGGGACAUAUCCUGAGAAGUCAUAUCCUUCAGGAUCACAUUCUGCGAGGUCAUAUUCUGUGGGGACAGAUUCUGCGAGAGCAUAUCCUACCGUGACACAUCCUGCAGGGACCGAUCCAGCAGGUUCAUAUGUUGCAGGGACAAAUACUGCAGGGACUUAUCAUGCAAGACUAUAUCCUGCAAGUCCUUAUGGCCUUUCAUCUCCUGCAACAUCAUAUGCUUCGGGUACUAAUCCUGCAAGGUCAUAUCCUGCACAAACACUUCCAGCGCGUACAGUUAUUACGCCAACACUUCAUGCACAGACACUUCCAACGCAGAAACUUCCUGUCAGGACAGUUCCUGUGAGGACAAGUCCUGUGAGGCCGUGGAGUGAUGCGGCUAAGGCUGCGGUAAAGCGUCAGUUGGGACACUUCAUCUCAACGAUGAAGGUUCCAGGUAAACGGGACUGUGAAGUAUGCCUCCACAAUGAACCAGCUGUACGAGACAGGACUUGGAGAGACAUCAAAAACUAUGUGCACAACACAGUAAAAUCUAUUAAAAGGAAGAAGGGCCUUACAGGAGUGGACCCCAGAAAAUGGACAAAGAAAGAAUCAGCAAAGAUUGCUAAGGAAGAGGUUGGUGGAACAAGGACUGUACCUGUACAGGGUGAAGACGAGAGACUAGAGGCAGGUCCUGUUGCUGUGACAACACAAAGGAAGCAGAAGAUAUGGAGUGAUGAGGCUCAGGCUGCGGUCAGGCGGCAGCUAGGAGACUUCACUAAACUGAUGAAGAUUCCAGGUAAAACGGAAUGUGAUGCAUGUAUUGCAGCUGAACCAGUUCUACAAGGCAGGACUUGGAAAGAUGUAAAAAACUAUGUGCAUAACACAUUAAUGACAAUGUGCAGGAGACAUAUUUCAGGCAAACAAAACAUGGACCAUGAAAAACAAAGUCCAGGGACACAGAAACCAGGGAUGCAACAGAAACCAAAGGUGCCGUUGGGACUUCCAGAAGAUCUUCCUGUUUAUCUGUACUUAUGAUUUCUUUGAACUAGUUUCAACACUUUUGAUGUAAUCUGACCAUCUUUGCUCUCUCUGAUCUGACAUUGUAAAGCAAUAAUUAUGUAGCAUUUUUAUAAUGUCACAACCUACCUUUUUCUACCUAUGUAUCCGUUAGGCCUGGGAAUUGCUAGGGACCUAACAAUAUGAUUUUAUCACAAUACUUUGGUGCCAAUACUAUAUAUAUAUAUAUAUAUAUAUAUGUGUAUAUAUAUUGCGAUUCUAACGAUUCUAUAAGGACUGCGAUUCGAUACUUUGAUUUUAUUGCGAUUUGAUGUUUCAAACCUAUUGCUCACCAUGUCUGCUGCAGAGGGACAGGAGAGAGACAUGAGAAAACGAGUUUUGUUCAGUCAUGGAAGUAAGUGCUGAAAACAUGUUGGCUCCCCAUCUAAAAAGAAGUUGGUGAACAAGGUAGAGAAUAAAAAAUACUGGACCUUUUGGCGCAGGUACAGCCAACUAGCGCUAGCUAACUUUAACUUCCUAGCAAAAUAAAUUGAGAAUCAAUACUUGGAGUCAUAGAAAUUAUAAAAUAUAAUUGAAAAUAAUAUUGCGUUACUCUAAUGUAUUGAGAGAAACAAAUCCACUAGUGGGCCUAUCUGUAGCAUCUAGGCUACAUAGUGAAAUAUUAUGCAUGAGCACUAAAUAUAUGUUCAACAUUAAUAGAUUACAUGUACCAAUUACAGUGAAUAGUUUUUAAAAACUUUGUAGAUGAAAGUUGUGCAAACCUAGACCGUUAAACCGUUAAAACGACCUUUUAGAUCACACUAAUGGUAUACUUCACCAAAUGGAUCUGGAUCCAGAUGUACAAAAUGUUUUGUGUAUUCUUGCCUGUACCAUUGUAUGUGUAGCUAAUGUAUAUGUGUAGGUUAGGUUUUGAGUUUAACAACUGACUAGCAAACUUGUGAAUUUAGCGGGUUAUUCCAUUUGAAAUUUGUGUGACUUUUAAUGGAUUAUAAAUACAUGGCAUCACAGGAAGUUGGUGGCAUCUUAAUUGGGGAGGUCGGGCUCGUCGUAACGGCUGAAGUGGAAUCAGUGAAAUGGUAUCAAAUACAUCAAACAUAUGGUUUCCAUGUGUUGGCCAUUCCAUUCACUCCGUUCCGACUAUUAUUAUGAGCCGUCUUCCCCUCAGCAGCCUCCAAUGCAUGGCCUACAUGCAUACACUAUCUACAUCCAUGCAUUUUGAAGCAUGGUUGAAUUUAUUAUCAUGGAUAUUUUACUUAUGUUAUUAACGAUAGCUAGUAUUCCUAGCUACUGGUGUAUCAGUAGUUGUUUUUAUAUGUUUUUCAAAAAUACUGUUUUUAUCAUUCCUUUCAAUCAAUGCUAGUUUUUGUGGAUAUUUGCAUUUAGAGCUGACAUUCAUUUUCAUUACUAAGCCAGAUUCCCACAGCUCCAUGACCCAGUGAGCCAUCUCAGUCCUGGUGAGUUGCUUUAGUCAAAAGGUGCUGUAGAUUAGGCUUGCCAAGUGGGCAGAGUGCGCGCUUUAGGACCAUUGGAAGGUUCUGAAAGGGAAAAAUCUGUCCACCUAUUGCACCGGGCAAAGUCAGUGACACUUUCAGAUCAUAGCAAAGGGCCCACUUAUGGCUGCAUUUCUGAUUUUCCACCCUUCUCCCAAAUUGACUGGGAGUAUUUUUUUUUAAAGAAGAAGAUAUAUUUCACCUUUAUUUAACCAGGUAGGCCAGUUGAGAACAAUUUCUCAUUUACAACUGCGACCUGGCCAAGAUAAAGCAAGGCAGUGCGACAAA